AUGGAAAAUGUAUCACCUGAAAUAUUAGCAGCAAGAGCUAGGCUGAAGGAAAAGAUGGGAGGUAAUCUAAGACAAAUAGGAGGAAAGGGGAGUGCUAGGAGAAAGAUAAAAAAGGUUCAUAAGACAUCCAUAUCAAAUGAGAAGAAAAUUAAUUUGAUAUUAAAAAAAAUUGGUGCUUCCUAUUUUGGGGAUGUGGAUGAAAUAUGUGUGUACAAAGCUGGUGAUACGUACUUAGAAUUUAAAAGGCCGAAAUUGUCAGCUUCUUUGCAGUCAAAUACAUAUGUUGUUACUGGAAAAUAUACUGAACAGAAAAUUGAUUUAAACAAAAUAUUCGAAGGACUAAAAGGAAAUAAAAAUGUGGAUAAGAACUUACUGGAAAAAUUAAAAAAUGAUCCAAAUAUAAAAAAUUUAUUAAAUAAAGAAAAUGAAGCGAAAAAGAGGGAAGAACAGGAGCAGGCUGCUGAAAUACCCGAUUUGGUUGAGAAUUUUGAGGAGGUCUCAAAAGAGGAAGAGAAAUGA